CACCGUCUCUAGGGAGCAGGAGCCAGGGAGAAGAGAGCAACUGAAGCCGGCUCCACAGCGACCUGUUCGGGGUAUUGCAGAGCCAUGAAUCUCCGAGGGCUCUUCCAGGACUUCAACCCCAGCAAGUUCCUGAUAUAUGCCUGCCUGCUACUGUUCUCUGUUUUGCUUUCACUCCGCUUGGAUGGGAUUAUCCAGUGGAGUUAUUGGGCCGUCUUUACGCCUGUCUGGCUGUGGAAACUCAUGGUGAUCAUAGGAGCCUCAGUGGGAACUGGAGUGUGGGCACGGAAUCCACAGUACAGGGCUGAGGGAGAAACCUGUGUGGAAUUUAAAGCAAUGCUUAUAGCUGUGGGAAUCCACCUAUUAUUGUUGAUGUUUGAAGUUCUGGUGUGCGACCGGAUUGAGCGAGGUACCCACUUCUGGCUGCUUGUCUUCAUGCCGCUGUUCUUUGUGUCUCCAGUGUCGGUAGCUGCUUGUGUGUGGGGAUUUCGACAUGAUAGGUCUUUGGAGUUAGAAAUCCUGUGUUCUGUGAACAUUCUUCAGUUCAUAUUCAUUGCACUAAGACUGGAUGAAAUCAUCAAGUGGCCUUGGCUGGUGGUCUGUGUUCCUUUGUGGAUCCUGAUGUCGUUUCUCUGCCUAGUAGUGCUCUACUACAUUGUGUGGUCAGUACUUUUCUUGCGGUCUAUGGAUGUGAUAGCUGAACAAAGACGGACUCACGUUACAAUGGCUAUCAGUUGGAUGACCAUUGUUGUUCCGCUUUUGACCUUUGAGAUUCUUUUGGUUCAUAAACUGGAUGGUCACAAUAAUUUUUCAUAUAUUCCUAUUUUCAUCCCUCUUUGGCUUUCUCUGAUAACAUUAAUGGCAACAACCUUUGGACAGAAAGGAGGUAAUCACUGGUGGUUCGGAAUCCGUAAAGACUUCUGUCAGUUCCUUCUGGAGAUUUUUCCUUUCUUGCGGGAAUAUGGAAACAUUUCAUAUGAACUUCACCAUGAUGACAGUGAAGACUCUGAGGAGAUGCCUGUACCAGAGCCUGCAAAGAUAGCCCCAAUAUUCCAUAAAAAGACUGGAGUAGUGAUCACCCAGAGUCCUGGGAAAUAUUUUGUCCCUCCUCAAAAGCUCAACAUUGACAUGCCUGAUUAAGAUAGAUUGGAGAGGUUAAUGAACUUGGGAAUUAAAUAGUACUGUCUGGCAAUGGUACACUUAUGUUGUACAUGCACUAGCUCUUGUAUAAAUUGGACUCAAUCUGGCACACGGAACUUUGCUGCCAAAUGUGUAAAAUUGAAUCCAUCAAGUCAGAUUCUGUUUUCUGUGGGCAUUUUUUUGUUAAAGGGGAACAGAACUGCUGUGCCCACAGCUUUCACUAAGACUACACCGAGCAUGGUAUUUUAUUCCCAUGUUGACAAUAUGCUGUCAUUGAAACAAUGUGUUGAAAGCAAUGUACUACGGAUGCUAGAGAUCUGAAAUAAAAACACAAAAUGCUGGAAAAUCUCAGCAGGGGUCUGGCAACAUCUAUAGAGAGAGAAACAGAAUUAAUGUUUUGAGUUCGUAUGAUCCACGGACUCCAAACAUUAACCCUGUUUCUCUCUCCACAGAUGCUGCCAGACCUGCUGAGCUUUUCCAGCAUUUUCUGUUUUUAUUUGAAACAGUGUGCUGAGUUCACCUUUUAAUAUAAUCUACUUCCAAGUUUUGCAUAUAAAAAUUGAAUGAUUCAGUAAUCUGAGUUAUGAUAUAAAUAAAAUUGCAAAUUGGGAAUGUAAUGUUAAAAGAAAUUUGAAUGAAUUGACAAUUCGAAUUAAGGGGAGUAGGCUGUAUUUAAGUGCUGCUUUACGUGCAGCAUAAUGAUUGAAAGGUCAGUACAGUGAGGGGGGAAAAGCUCAAAUUACAUAACCAGUCUACUGCAGUGACAAUUGGGAGCAACGGUUAUGAUUUUUCAGACCAGAGGAACUGGAAAUAUUCCUCCAUCCUCCUUCCCCCAGGUGAUUAUGUCAGUUUACUAUAAAUAGACAAUUGGAGGCAAACCUCUAUAUCCUUUAUUUACCAUCAGAUAAUCCAUGCAGUCACUUUACAGCUUCAGUUGAAGUUCUGUUUCAAUUGCUGUACUUAUACAGAUCUAGGACAAAAACUCUAAGACAGUGAUUCGUAUUAAAUACAGAAGCAGCUUUUUUUCUCUUUAAUUUUGGUUUGGCGUGAUCCUCUUCACUGUACUGGCUCCUUACAGAAAACAUAUUUGGGUCUAUUCGUAACAGCCUUACAGCUGUUUGAAUACUUCCCCUCCACAGAAGGGAAGUCAUUCAAAUAUUAUAGAUCUGGACUCAGCAAUUUAACAGAGACCUUCAAGUACUUGGAUUUCUACAUGUUUGCAACCACCCAUGUGUACAAUAACCUCCCUCAAUAGAAUUUUAACGAGAAUCUUCCUGGAAGAGGAUUAAGAAUGCUUCUUGUGUAUCUAGGGAGAAGAAUAUAUUUGCUCCAUGUGCCCGAUGCAUUGCAUUGUUCUUGGUCUUAUUCCUAACAAAGACAUGGAGUGCAAUAAUACAUGUUGUGUAGAAAGUAAAUGUAACUUUUUAAUGCAUGAACAGAAAUUUGAACAACUAUUUUGUUGUGUAGCAUAUUAAAAUGCAUUAUCUAAUGCCAUUGGCUGUUCAGCCAGUUUAACCCCAGUGAAAAGCAUAUCAUGUUUUUGGAAUAGCCUAAAUACCUGUUAAGUUAACACCUGCCCUUGUCAAAGGACGUUUGGCUCUGGUUCGGUGUUGGAUGCAACGUAAGAGACUGUUGUAAUAUUAUCAAUGCCUACAAUGCUCUCUCCUAGUUCUAAUGGGUAUGUGUUCUUUGAAUGGAGACCGAAGCAUCUGCUUGCUUAGAUCUGUAAACAGAAAGUGAUUGGGUUUAUGGCUGUUUUAAAAUAUCAUAAGUGAAGAUAUUAUUAUGGGAUUUGAGAUAUUUACAUGUGCUCUGAUUGUUAAGGGUAGGUAAGAAUGUAUUGUUGCUCAUUGAGCUUUAUGGAAAUGGUACGGUAUUAGUGAUGCUACAGAUGGAGCAAAGUGAUGAGUCUCUUUAGCAAUGCAUCAAAGGUCAAGAAUCAGUUUAAAAGCACCUGUUCUUGUAAUUUUAUAUGUCUGCAUUAUAUGAAAUUUGUGUAUUGUAUUUUAAGAUCAUAAGAAAUAGGAGCAGGAAUUGGCUAUACGGCUCCUCGAGCCUGCUCUGCCUUUCAAUAAGAUCAUGCCAGUUUUUUGCUGCUUUUAUUUCACACCUUACAACUGAGGUUCAUAAAAUGGCCCAAUUUCCUGUUUAAAUACUGAAGUUAACUGUUUUACAUCAUUGUUAACUAACCUUGAGAGCGACUGACUCAGUAGUGUUGAUCUUGGUCCAAGACACAAGUUAACUUUGCAAAACAUUUGCCCUAUCAAUUUUAUGAUCCUACUAAAAAAUUCUGUUGUGAAUGGAAAAGUUAAAUUCCAUAUAAUGUAGAUAAUGCCCUUUAAAGUGAUUUGUGCCCUGUUUCCUUAAGCUUGCAGCUGCAAUCUCUAAAGCCAUUUUCUUGAACUGUUUAAAGCUGUGCAGCGAUUUUAAGGAAAACUAUAUUUAAUUUGUAUCAACCCAAUCUGGUUAAAUUUUAAAUGAGUAUCUAACUACAUUGUCUACUAUCUAAGCAUCUAACUACUAACUGAUGCUCCUUCCUAACCAAACCAUGAGAUUAUCACAAAAGUGAAACACUUCAGAUGCUGAAGAUGUGAAAUAAAAACAAAAUGCUGAAAUUAUGUGGCAGGUCAGGCAACAUCUAUAGAGAGAGAAACAAAGUUAAUGUUUCAGGUCUGUGACCUUUCGCAGAUGCUGGCUGACCUCCAUGAGAUUAUCAGUUGACUGACUGACUUGAACUUAGGAAGUUGAUUUGGCAUUUAGAGUGACCACAAGAAAAGUGAUACUACAGCUGUGGCAACACUAUAGUAGUGUUCACUGUAGUUUUUUAUCAUAAAACUUCUGGUUUCAAAGCUGGUUCUGAGUGCAUAUCAAAGCAUAAAUUUGGAGAUCCCUGUUUGUGUUUCUCAUCUAUAACAUUUCAUCACUAAAAGCUACUUUAAUUGGGCUAUUGGGAUCCCAAAGUCUCUCCCUUCAUGUUUUCCCUUCUGGUUUAUUGUUUCAUGGGUGUGUGCAGGCAUUACUGCUGAUGUUACACCAUAUAAAUACCAUUGGGGUCAUACUCGGCUGCAUGGUAGCCUAAUGGACUUUUGCCCAUCUGUUGUAGAAUGUGCCUGAUCUUCAACUUACUGAUUUCAAUGGGAUGAUAAAGUGAGUAGCUACCACCAUUGCUGCGGGGAGACAUGCUCCAUCAAGUUACUGCCCAGGCUUUGGAGUUGAAAAUUAUCCCUGUAUGUUUUGAACAGUGAUUGUCAAUCACUGAAAGAAAUGUUUAUCAUUUUAUGGCAUUGUGAAAUGAUUGUUUCUGUACACAAGUUUCAAGUGACUUGAGCUUUGGGAUGCCACCUCAUGUAGCAAUGUUGUCCAACUAUUCUUUCAGUUUGUUAUCUGCCCUAAAUUAGCCAAUUUUGUGGGUAGUGUUUCACACUGGGAUAUUGCUGCUGUUAUAUUGAAGCUUCACUUUUCUUGUGAAUUUAACUUACCAUUUUAAAUUACUGUUGUGUCAUUUGACAAGCCCACUAUAUCCAGAUUAGCUGUCCUGGAGCACCAUAAAAAAAUUAACACGUAUGAUUGCAAGGAUCCCAAAUAAUUGGUCAUCCUUGUAAUAAAUUGUGUUACUAAAUUAAUUUCAUGAAUGUCCUAUAUAUUAUUUUUACCAAAACUUAAACUGCUGCAGAGGGAGAGAGAGAAGGGGGAUGGGUCUUGUACUUUUUAUAUUAAGUGGUUAUAUAAACGGGUAUGAUGUGUUAAGUAUUUCAAACCGAAAGAUUUCUAAGCCUUUAGCAGUGCAGAUUUGUGUGUUGAUCAAAGAGGAGAGAGAGAGCAAAAUAGGAACACUCAGCAGGCCUGAGAGGAAGAAGUGCAAUCAUUUUAUGUAGAAUAGCAAAUGUGUAUUGUUGGACCAAACAGUGAUUGUCCUUUUGUGUUUUGUUUUCUUUUGUGUAAUAAUAUUUGUGUAAUAUCUGUAAAUGUGUAUUGUGUACAUGCUGCUUUUUGUUCAGUAAAUCAAAUAACUAAA